CUCUUGUUCGAGCGACUACUGCUUCGCUCCGUCGUCUUCUUCUGCUUGCGCGGUCGCGAGUAGGCAAGUGGAGGCAGGCAGGCAGGCAGGGAAGAGCAGCGAGGCGAGGAGAGGAGAGGAGAGGAGAGGAGAGGAGGCAGCAGGAGGCAAGGCAAGGCAGGGCAGGCGAGGGAUGGGACGGGCCCCGAGCAGAUCGAAUGAUCGACGAUCAAUUUGAUUGAUGGCAGGAUCGCCAGGAGGGAGAGAAUUUGGAUCCGACUGGGAGCGUCGGAGUGUGGUGGGAUCGAGGGAUGGAGCGGUUUUCUCGACGCGUGGACGUGAUGGAUCGACGGAUUGAGGUGGAAAAAAGGGAGGACAGAUAGGACGAACGGGGGUGGGAAAGAAUCUCAAGACUCGGAUAGGUGGAGGAUAGGCUGGUAUUUGCAGGGUUCGCGAAGAUCUGAAUUGGCGACGAGAGUACAGUAGCAGCAGAGAUGGCUCUCUCGGGCAUGAGAGGGCUCUCAGUGUUUAUUAGCGAUGUGAGGAAUUGUCAAAAUAAGGAGCAGGAGAGAUUGCGCGUCGACAAGGAGCUUGCUAACAUCAGGACGCGGUUCAAAAAUGAGAGAGGUUUAACGCCUUACGAAAAGAAGAAGUAUGUAUGGAAAAUGCUGUAUAUAUACAUGCUCGGCUAUGAUGUUGAUUUUGGGCACAUGGAAACUGUUGCCCUCAUAUCUGCACCGAAGUAUGCAGAGAAGCAGGUGGGGUACAUCGUUACAUCCUGCUUGCUAAACGAGAAUCACGACUUCCUCAGGCUUGUCAUCAACACUGUGCGGAAUGACAUCAUCGGUCGUAAUGAAACUUUCCAGUGCCUUGCUCUUACAAUGGUUGGCAACGUUGGUGGUAAAGAAUUUUCUGAAUCAUUGGCUCCGGACGUUCAAAAGCUUCUGAUCUCUAGCACCUGCAGACCUCUUGUUCGGAAGAAAGCUGCACUUUGCCUUCUACGAUUAUACAGGAAAAAUCCAGAUGUUGUGAACGUGGAUGGAUGGUCAGAGCGCAUGGUUCAGCUGUUGGACGAAAAGGACAUUGGAGUACUCACAGCAGUUAUGAGUUUGCUGGUGUCUCUGGUGGCCAACAAUCCUGAAGGUUAUUGGAACUGCGUUCCAAAAUGCGUCCGUACUCUUGAACGCUUGACUAGGAGCCAGGAUAUUCCUCAGGAAUACACAUACUACGGCAUUCCUUCACCUUGGCUGCAGGUCAAGACCAUGAGAGUUUUGCAGUACUUUCCUGCCAUAGAAGACCCUACCAUCCGAAGGUCUCUUUUUGAGGUCUUACACCGCAUUCUAAUGGGGACUGACGUCGUGAAGAACGUGAACAAGAACAAUGCUUCACAUGCCGUGCUGUUCGAAGCCCUUGCCCUGGUAAUGCACCUUGAUGCAGAAAAGGAAAUGAUGUCACAAUGCGUGGCACUUCUCGGUAGGUUUAUAGCAGUCCGGGAGCCCAACAUACGGUAUCUAGGCCUGGAGAAUAUGACAAGAAUGCUCUUGGUAACAGAUGUACAAGAUAGUAUCAAAAGACAUCAAGCACAAAUUAUCAGUUCUUUGAAGGAUCCAGAUAUCAGUAUCCGGAGGAGGUCCUUAGAUCUGCUUUACGGAAUGUGUGAUGUCAGCAACGCCAAAGAUAUUGUUGAGGAGCUUCUUCAGUACUUGACGACAGCAGAUUUCGGAAUUCGCGAAGAACUUGCCCUCAAGGCUGCCAUCCUCGCUGAAAAGUUUGCUCCAGAUUUGUCCUGGUACGUCGAUGUGAUACUUCAACUUAUUGAGAAGGCAGGAGACUUUGUAAGUGAUGACAUCUGGUAUAGAGUGGUCCAGUUCGUGACAAAUAAUGAAGACCUUCAGGCAUACUCAGCAGCUAAAGCUCGAGAGUACUUGGAUAAGCCUGCUGUUCAUGAAACUAUGGUCAAGGUUGCGGGAUAUUUGUUAGGAGAGUACAGUCAUCUGUUGGCGAGAAGGUCUGGCUGCAGUCCGAAGGAAAUUUUUAUUAUUGUUCACGACAAGUUCCCAACUGUCACGACAUCAACGAAGGCCUUACUUCUAUCAGCCUACGUGAAAUUACUGAUGCACUCUCAACCUCCUGAGCCAGAGUUGCAAGAGCUUGUGUUGGGAGUGUUUAAGAAGUACGAGAGCUAUGUUGAUGCUGAAGUACAGCAACGUGCCGUGGAGUAUUUCGCUCUAAGUCGGAAAGGAGCAUCAAUGAUGGAUAUAUUAGCUGAAAUGCCGAAGUUCCCCGAAAGACAGUCGGCUCUUCUGAAGAAAGCAGAAGAUACAGAAGGUGAUUCAGCAGAGCUAAGUGCCACCAAGUUGCGAUUACAACAGCAAGUAUCCACGGCAUUGGUUGUUUCUGAUGCUAAACCUAAUGGGGCAUCGGCUGUUCCGCUUACCAGAUUAUCAUCUGCACCUCGCAACAUUGACCAAAUGGGACUACCUGAAGUAGCACCUCAACCUCCUCCAUAUGCAAAUGGAGCCGUACCAAGAGCUGCACCAGCCACUGGAGCUGCUCCCCCGGCUCCUCCCGCCGCACCUGCUCCGGCUCCUGCUCCUAGCCCAGCGGAUCUUCUUGGUGAUUUGAUGGCACCCCUUGCCAUUGAAGCACCUCCUGGUGUUGGUCCUGCAGCUGCACCCGUAGCUUCGACUCCAGCGAGCGCAAUCCUGGCAUUGGAGGCACCUCCUUCAGCCGGCCUAGCUCCCGCCCCUCCUGCUGCCGGAGAUUCGUUGGCUUUGGCUUUAAUGGAUGGGCCUCCUCAAGUGCAGCCGAUUGGCAGUAUCGCAGAUUGGUUCCGCUCUCUCUCUAUAAAGGAGAGCGGUGUUCUUUACGAAGAUCCCUUGAUACAGAUUGGUAUCAAGACAGAUUGGCGGGGCCCUCAUGGAAGAAUGUUCUUGUUUUUUGGUAACAAGAACGCUGCACCUUUGACAUCAGUGAAAGCUGUGGUCGCUGCUCCUUCAAAUUUGCGUGUGCAGCUAACUACAGUUCCAGAAAUUAUACCACCCAGAGCGCAGGUUCAAUCGCCCCUUGAUGUCGUAUGCAUACACGCCAGCAGAGAAGUACCUGUUCUGGAUUUCUCAUACACCAGUGUCAACGUCCCUGUGAGUCUGAAGUUGCGCUUGCCAGUGGUCAUGAACAAGUUCUUGCAAGCUACACCUGUUUCUGCACCUGAUUUCGUUGCAAAAUGGAGGGCUCUGGCCGGUCCACCAACGAAACUCCAAGAAGUGGUGCGAGGAGUAAAACCUUUGCCACUCCCUGAGAUGGCGGAUUUGUUCACUUCUCUGCAUGUUGGUGUCGCUCCUGGACUGGACCCCAACCCAAACAAUAUCGUUGCAGCUGCAACUUUCUACUCAGAGACCGGAGGAGCCACUUUGUGUCUGAUUCGCGUUGAAACGGAUCCUGCCGAUAGGACGCAAGUUCGUAUAACUGUUGCUACUCCAGAUCCAACCACGAGUUUCGAAUUUAAGGAGUUUAUUAAGGAGCAGCUGAUUGAAAUUCCUUACGCUGCCGCUCCACCUCCUCCACCACCGGCUCCAUCGCCCGCAUCAAUGGGAUUGACAGGCCCUGCUGCUGUUCUUGCUGGUCUGAUUUAGUUCUAAAGAAUGUCCAAUGAAAAAUAUUCCAUCCUGUUCAUUAGUUUAUAAACGUGGUGACCUCUCACAGAAUCUGCGCAGUAUCGCAACCGGUAAUGUUUUUGGAAGGUUGUAUUUAGUUCGCAGUCAAUGGUACCACAUCAAUUGAUACGGCACAUAUAAGACACAAUCAAUUUUCUAAAAGAGUAGGGUCCACCAACAGAGCUGAGCUGGUAUCUGGUUACGGGUACAAUAGGUUUUGAGCCAGCAGGGUAAAUGGUCUUCUUGCUUUUGGUAGAAUGGUCAUUCGUGUUGUUGGGUAGACCUUACGCGCUAAGGUGGUGGUUAAAUUGAGCUGGUCCCAUGCAAGCUUUUUAAGUGAAGCUUGCUCCUGUUCACAUGAUGAGAGAUUGUCUUUGGAAUUGAGGAGGUUACUGUGUUUGACUCUAGGAUAGGUAUGUCCAGUACAGAUGCAUACCAUUAAUGCAGUGCCAUUGUAAUAGAAUAUAAUUCAGCCUAAAUUUCAGUAUUGAAUUCAUUCAAUAAAAUUGAAAGCAACAUCACGUUGACACGUGU